AGUCCUCAACUCUCUUGUUUUUUCAAGACAAGGUUUCUCCAUGAGCCCUGAGUGUCCUGGAACUCGCUCUGUAACCAGGAUGGCCUUGAACUCUGAGAUCAGCCUGCCUCUCCCUUGGCCUCCUAAGUGAUAGGAUUAAACCCGGGCACCACCACUGUCUGGCUGUCUUAUUUUUUCAAGGCAGGGUCUAGUGCCCUGGCUGGCCUGGAACUCACAGCAGUUCACCUGCUUCCACCUCCUUAGAGCUGGUGAUAAGGUGUACAUCCACACAUCUAUUUAUUUUCUUGAGAUAGGUUGAAUCAGUUGUCCAGGCUAGACAUGAACUCACUCUGUAGCCCAGGCUGGCUUUGAGUGUGCAAGCCUCUUUCCUCAGUCUCCUAACUAGCUGGGGUUAUAGGCUUGGUUCAAAAGGAGACCAAAGCCAAGACCAGAAAAAUCCUACAACUGAAGUAUAUACGUCACAUUGCUCGUUAAGAGUGCCUUAAACAGUUCACCCUGGAGCAGGACCCAGGCGCGCUGCCCACCACUGCUUCUCUGGUCCUCCACAGCAGCAGUCACACGUGUGCACAAACAGGCUCACGUUAGCUAAGGUCUCUCCUCCACCAGGUCUACCCUCACUUUGCUGCGUCUGGAGCUCGGUUGGCCGAUGGGGGCGUGGGGAGGAAGACUGAUGCCCUGUUCUCUCUCCUCCCCGCUUUCACGACUUCAAAGACACUGCUUCCCUGACCCCAUAGUGACAAAUCUGGCGUCGGGUGUUGGCUGAUUCAAAGCAGCAGAUACUGAGCGCUGGUCUGUUUGUUCAUGCUCCAUUUUCUAGCCGUCUAUCUCUUACGGGCUGGGCAGAAGCCUAGGCACACGGUCGCUACCAUCUGGACCUGGGAUCAUGUCUGCUAACAAGGGCUGGUGGGUGCCACCUGAGGGUGAGGACAACCUGUCUGGGAAGUUCCUAAGGAAGACCAGGGAGUCUCCACUGGUGCCUAUAGGUGUAGGAGGCUGCCUGGUGGUAGCCGCAUAUCGGAUUUACCGGCUGAAGGCUCGAGGUCCCACCAAGUUGUCCAUACAUCUGAUUCACACCCGAGUGGCAGCACAGGCUUGUGCUGUGGGUGCGAUCAUGCUUGGUGCCAUGUACACAAUGUACAGGGAUUACAUCAAGAGGGUGUCAGAGGAUCCUGAGAAGGAGGACCCCUGAGGUGGCUGGACGGCCCAAUUCCCCAGCGGUUUCUGUAUGCGCUAAUAAAGCCAUGUU